UGUUUCGUCUAUUUGAAUACAGAAGCUGAGAUGUCCGGAAGAGGCAAACAAGGCGGGAAGACUCGGGCUAAGGCCAAGACCCGCUCAUCCCGGGCUGGGCUGCAGUUCCCAGUUGGCCGAGUUCACAGGCUCUUGAGAAAGGGCAAUUAUGCUGAGCGGGUGGGAGCCGGAGCUCCGGUCUAUCUGGCCGCAGUGCUCGAAUACCUGACCGCUGAGAUCCUGGAGUUGGCCGGGAACGCUGCCCGGGAUAACAAGAAGACCCGUAUCAUCCCCAGGCACCUGCAGCUCGCUGUGCGCAAUGAUGAGGAGCUGAACAAACUGCUCGGAGGAGUCACUAUCGCUCAGGGCGGGGUCCUGCCCAACAUCCAGUCCGUGCUGCUGCCCAAGAAAACCGAGAGCGCCAAGGCGGCCAGGAGCAAGUGAGAUGCCCGGUCACAGCGCCCCCAUCAGGAAACAACACAAAGGCUCUUUUCAGAGCCCCCACACCGGCUAAAGAGGACUGCAUGGCACAUACUGUUCAGAAGUUACACGAUAACUUUACAGUUCAAUACUUUCUGCCGUAGAACCAGAUCUCGUUACUUUCAGAUUGGUUAUAAGAAUUCCUGAGGAUUGCGUUCUAUUAUACAGGCCCAAUAAAAUCAAUGAAGUAGCGGUGUGACUGGGAUAUAAUAAGCGACUCGGAGUCUAAUACCGAUAACUAAAAUUCCUUUAUUCAGUCGCGGUUACAUCCCAUUGCAGUAUCUGGCAGUGCGGAUCUAUUAGAAUGUUGUCUGGCACUGAAGGGUCUAUAAUCCCAGUUACUCAGAGGGGCAGCGGGGAUCCCAUAGCAGCCAAUCAGGGAGCAGAACAAAGCGGCUGCUUUACAGAAUAUAGAUACGGAGCUACUUCGCCCGCAGCAAAAAGGGAAAUAUUCAACUGUUUCAUCGUAACGACCAUUUCAUUGUUCAAUGUUUGAAAAUAGCCAAUAGCGCGCAAGCAUUUUGGCGGGAUUUCUGUAUUCAUAACUGAGAACCCCUGGGUGGGUUUAUAGCGAACCAAUUAUGGGGAUUAUUUGCUCGGCGGUUUAAACGCAAAACUGUUUUCAGCCGGAUAAAAUCACGUAAAUUAUGAGAAUAUAAACUGAAUAAAAAUAAAUUAACUGGAGCUUCCAUCAUUCCC